UUUAAACUUUAUCAAAUUGAACUGGAUCAUCAUCAUGAUACUCAUGAACAAUUGAUCAAGAUCAGCAGAGAUGUCACUGUGGCUAGCAAAAGAUGUAUCUUUCUACUCCAUCGAGCGGCUGAUUGGCCGAGGAAAAGGAAACUUACCCUCAAGCAAGCGAAGGCCGAAUUAGACAACAUCCAUGAUGGUCUUCUUGGUAAAAUUGCAGAGUACAUUAAGAUGGAUACCCAUAUUUACGCGAAAGCUUACUAUCCUGGCUUAGAAGAAUAUGUCGAAGCAAUCACAUUUUAUUACUUCUUGCAAGAGAGCAGGCUGAUUUCAUUGAAUGAUCUUCAUCAUAUUGCUCCUUUAGCUGGAAAAUUAAUCACGCCAUACAGUUACGCAGGAGGGAUUGCUGAUUUAUCCGGUGAACUCAUGAGGAUGUGCAUUAAUGUCAGCGCCACCGCUACUGGAAAUUUACCCUAUCAAAUUUGUCUCUUUGUCCAUACCUUGUUUGUCCAAUUUAUUGCAUUAACCCGCAACAAUCGAGAAUUGCUCAUCAAAUGCAAACAAAUUGAACAAAACUUGGCAAAGAUUGAAAAAGCCUGCUACGAAGUAAAGCUGCGAAAUACUGAAGUC